UUUUUUUUAGCUUUUUCCGAAUGGAUAGACAUAUCACUGUUGAAUAAGAUUAGUGCUAUUCUCGAUUUUUCCCUGAAAUUGGCUACAAGUAGAAUCUGUUGAUCUUUUUUUUUUUUAUGAGUUAUAAUAAUCAUUGUUUGCAUUUAAUGAACCCACCAACUAUUCUUUAUAUUUUUUGUACUUGGUGAGACUGUCAAUUCUUCCAUUUAAUGCUCUGAACUGAUCUCGCAUACACUGUCCACAAUAAAGAAUAAUCUCAUUUAUGAUUGACAAGGAAAAAUCAAGUUUGGUAUGUAGUGAAAUCAUUAUUUUCUUUAACCUACAAUUUCGUGUUUUCAAAUAAGGUAGUACAUUGUUUUUGUGUUUGAUUUGUACUUAUAGAGAGAUAAAAAGAUAUAGUAAUAGUAAUUUACCUGUUAUAUUACUACAUAUUACUACAUAGAAGAUAAGAGAGUUCUUAUACUUCGUGUGGGCAAAACGUACACCCCUAUCGCAGUGCAGUUUGAUAGGCUCUUCAGGCUUUCUACCCAACAGCUCUGUAUGAUAUCAGAUAUGGGACUUUGGGAGGACAAUAAGUGGGUUUGGAGCUUGUCUUGGCGCAGGGAUCUGCGGGAAUGGGAGCAAGCCUGGGUUUCUGAAAUCUUAAUUGUUGUCAACCAGGUCCCUUUGUGCCGUGAUUCUGUGGAUAAAUGGAUUUGGAAGGAUGAUGUUUGUGGUGGCUACUCGGUUAGAUCAGCAUAUUCUCUAAUCACCGGGACAACAAGUUUUGAUCAGACUCCAGCAUUUAAGCAUCUAUGGAAAAUAUAUGUCCCUUCAACAGUGAAAGCUUUUAUUUGGAAGUUGCUUUGGGGAAGGAUUCAAACUAAACAAAACCUUAUUCGGAGGGGGAUCCAUUUAAAUGAUUCUGAUUCAGCAUGCCCUUUUUGUGAUGACUCACUGGAGGAUGUAGAACACCUCAUGUUUUGCUGCAGGAAAAUUUCACCUAUUUGGUACUCAGUUUUUCACUGGCUUGGAUUCAAUUCUGUUUUACCUUGUGAUCCUCAAUUGCAUUUUCUGCAAUUUGUCCAUGGCAGUUGGAAUAUGAAGCAGUCUCGGGCUUGGUGGGCUAUUUGGGGGUCAGUGGUUUGGUCCGUGUGGUGUGUGAGAAAUAGGUUGGUGUUCUCCAAUGAGGUUCCUGAUUGGAACAAUUUGUUAGGUAUUAUCCAGUGGAAGGCUUGGCUAUGGCUGUCAUCUAUGGUAAAGGAUUUCAGAAGUUCAUUAUUUGAAUGGAUUAUGGACCCAUGUUCUUGUAUUACCCAACUUUAGUGGGAUUGGAUUUGUGAAUUGUCAAUUGGUUGGUCUGCAAUCUGUCUACUGGAUCCGUCAUUGCCAUAGUGAGAAAGUGACUUGUUUGCUUUGAAUUAUUUAGGAGCUGGCUGUUUGCUUAUUUUAUGCUUUGAAUUGGAGGCCACUUGGAUGUGUUGGUGAUUUUUUUCUUCUUGGUGGCAGCUUGAUUGGAAUGGACUCCUAAUUUAUUAUUGGCAAUUAGCAUGGCUGGUAUUUGGUUUUGGGGUGGUUUUAGGUUGGGGUUUAUUUCUGUUUUUGUAAACUUCCUUGGAUUUUCCUCUUGACUUUAUAAAUUGGGUACUCUUUUUCCUUUCUUGGUUUUCCCAAGGGGGUUUUAUCCAAGUAAAAUUUUAAUGAGGCCCCCUUUAUAUUGUCUAAUCUCAAGGUAGUGGGGGUGGGUAGUAUUCGUCUUUGUAGGGCUGUUGUCUUGUAUUUUUUCUUUUAUCUAGCUUGUUGUUUUCUUUUCUGUUUUUCUUGUAUUGGGUUGGAGUACCCCUUGUACUCCCAUUCAAUAUAAUCUCAUUGCUUAUAAAAAAAAAAAAAAACGUACACCCCUAUCAAUAAUAUCAGCAAUAGCAUCAGAAAUAACAGCUGCUAUAUCUACUUGACAAUUAUCAAAGAUAGCACAAAGUAAUCUUGCUUUAUUAAUGGGAAGACCUGAAGUAUGGGCAGCUGGCCAUAUAUUAUGAAGAAGAAAAUUUGUCCAAACUUGAGCUUUCUGAGACAUAUGAGCUCUAGGGAUUGGUCCAUUCAAUUUCACUUUCUCCGUGAGACGGUCAACACAUAAUCAUGUUCUGAUAUCACCUUCGAUUCAAGAUGCUAAUUCCUCAGAUCUUCGCAAAGGGAUGUCGUCUCCCUUUAUAGUCGGUGGCCAAGUUUUAUCUCAUGAAGGACUAAGUUCAAGUCAUAUUGAGCAGGAGUUGACAUCAAAUACAGAACCACUAAGGAAGAAGUCUAAACGCGGUUUUGCUGUAAGGAGGCCUAAUAUGCAACGUUCAAAGAAAAGGCUCAACAUGAUGGUUGAGUGGGAAACAUCAAGUGAAGGCAGUCGAUCUAAUACGGUGCAUAGUAAUCCAGAUUUUUGUUCAGGUCAAGAAUUAUUGCCGCAGCAAAGGAAUGUCUCGGAUUGUACUAAUAAUUUUAACACCAAUUUUGCCUUUGUUGAAGCUGAGUCUCAAAUGUACUUUGACCUUGGAGAGAUGAAUAUGGCGUGUCAGUAUUGUGGAGCUAUUUUGUGGUAUCACGAAAGAGCUCAGAAGGCAAAAAAUGCAAUUUCUCCAGACUUCUCAAUCUGUUGUAUGAAAGGGAAAAUAUCUCUGCCUUAUCUACAAGAUGCGCCGACCCUCUUGUCCAAUUUGCUUACAAAUAUAGAUCCAAGGAGUGGCCAUUUUAUUGAUAACAUUAGAUCUUAUAAUAGCAUGUUUGCAUUCACAUCGAUUGGUGGUAAAGUGGACGGUAGUGUGAACAACGGGCAGGGACCUCCUCAGUUUGUUAUAAGUGGCCAAAAUUACCAUCGUAUAGGUAGUUUGCUGCCAGCUGAAGGUGAUAAUCCCAAAUUUGCUCAAUUAAACAUAUAUGACACGAGGAAUGAAUUUGAGAAUAGACUAAACCAUUUCAGUGAUUCUACUGGAAAAUGUAGCCUCAACUCUGAUUUAGUUGUGGAGUUAAUGGCAAUGGUUGAUGAGUUCAAUGUUUUAGCAAAGUCAUUUAGAAGGGUACGAGACCAUGUUCAAGAGGCUAAUUCGAAUCAAGUUGCAUUGAGAUUGUUUAGACAUCGUGUUAAUGAUCCUAAGACAUACAAUCUCCCAACUGUAGAUGAGGUUGCUGCUUUGAUUGUUGAAGACUUUGAUACUUCUGAUUGUGGUCGUGAUAUAAUACUUCGUACAAGCAGUGGCAAUUUGCAAAGGAUUUAUGAUACUCAUUCAUCUUUCUUGCCAUUACAAUACCCAUUGAUAUUUCCUUAUGGGGAAGAAGGUUUCUCAGACGAGAUCGGGUUUGAUGGAAUCAAUUAUGAUAGUUCAAUCUACAAGCGUACGACCAUUUCAUUACGUGAAUGGGUUGCUUUCAGACUUCAAGAAAGGCAAUUUGAGUGUAAGAGGAUAACUCUAUCUCGAAGGUUGUUGCAACAAUUAGUCGUUGAUUGUUAUUCAAUGAUUGAAUCACAGCGUUUGUAUUAUCUCAGAAACAAUCAGGAAACCAUUCGUAGAGAUUUUUUAUCAGGAAUUGAGGAGGCAAUUCAUCGUGGUGAUACCGAUCCAUCAAUGGUUGGCUCUAGGAUAGUUCUUCCAUCGUCUUUUACUGGUGGUAGGCGCUAUAUGUUCAACAAUUGCCAGGAUGCUAUGGGUAUAUGUAGGGAAUAUGGUUAUCCUGAUUUGUUCCUCACAAUGACCUGCAAUCCUAAAUGGCCUGAAAUUGAGCGUCAUGUAUCUGCCCGUUGUUUAUCUGCUUAUGAUCGACCAGAUCUUGCAUGUCGAGUGUUUCGUAUGAAAUUAGAUCAACUCAUGAAAAAUUUGAAGAAAGGAAAGUUCUUUGGGCAAGCAAUUUCUUGGAUGUACACGAUUGAAUUUCAGAAGAGAGGUUUACCACAUGCACAUAUUUUAUUGUGGCUUAGUACUAAGGAUAAACUACAUUCUAUUGAGUUGAUAGACUCAGUUAUUUGCGCUGAGUUACCUGAUCCUAAGGUUUACCCUCUAUUAUAUCAAUGUGUGUCAAAUUAUAUGGUUCAUGGUCCAUGUGGAGUGAAUAGAACAAACUCUCCUUGCAUGAAGAAUGGUAGGUGCUCCAAGUUUUUCCCAAAAAAUUUUGUAGAAAAGACAUCAUUUGACUCUGAUGGGUAUCCAGUUUAUCGAAGAAGGAAUACUGGUAUCUCUACCAAUAGGAGGGGGGUUGAUUUGGACAAUGGUUUUGUUGUUCCAUAUAAUCCUAAACUUUUGAUGAAAUAUCAGGCUCAUAUCAACAUUGAGUAUUGCAACAAGUCUAAUUGUAUAAAAUACCUCUUCAAAUAUAUUAACAAAGGAGUUGAUAGGGUAACAAUGUCUAUGUCUGUUACUCAAAGCAGUAACGAGGAAACAACUGUUGUUGAUGAAAUAAAGCAGUAUCAUGAUUGUCGAUAUCUUUCUCCAUGUGAAGCUGUGUGGAGAACCUUCUCAUUUUAUAUUCAUGAUAAAUGGCCACCUGUUCUUAAGCAAAGCUACCAUUUACCUAAGAAACAAGUUAUUUUGUUCAAUGAAAGAGCUCCAAUUGAUGAUGUACUUGAAAGAAAUAAAGUCAAGAAAAGCAUGUUUUUGGCGUGGAUGGAAGCAAAUUGUAAAUAUCCAUUGGGUAGAGGAUUAACGUAUGCUGAAUUUCCAUCAUCAUUUGUUUAUGAUAAGAAAAAAAAAGAGUGGCAUCCAAGGAAGAAAGGAAUUUGUAUUGGUCGCAUGAACUUUGUCCCACCUGGAUCAGGAGAGUUGUAUUACUUGAGAAUGCUAUUGAAUGUUCAAAGAGGAUGUACUAGCUUUGAAGAUUUGAGAUCAGUUAACAAUCAUGUCCAUGAUACUUUUAGACAGGCAUGUCUUGCAUUGUCAUUACUAAAAGAUGAUCGUGAAUACAUUGAUGGUAUACUUGAUGUGGCCACGUUUGCUUCUGGUUCAUACAUUAGGGAAUUGUUUGUUUCAUUUCUCUUAGGGAAUGCUAUGGCUGACCCGUCGCAUGUGUGGAGGGAGACAUGGUCAGUUUUGGCUGAUGGAAUUGUGCAUGCAUUGCGAAGAACUCACAAUAACUUAGAAUUGGUUAUUGAUAAUGAACAUUUGAAACAAUUAUGUUUAAUGGAGAUAGAGAAGCUCUUGAUGAUAAAUGGUAGAUCUCUUAAAGAUUUUGACAAUAUGCCAUGUGUUGACUCCAACAUUUUGAUUCAAUAUGGCAAUAUUUUGCUAUUCAAUGAGCUUAACUUUGACACAGUUGAGAUGAGCAAAUUGCAUGUUGAGUGUUUGAAUAAGUUAAAUGGUGGGCAAGCUAAGAUAUAUGAGGAGAUUAUAUCUGCAGUUAAUAGUGAUGGUGGUGAAUUUCUCUUUGUUUAUGGAUAUGGUGGAACAGGAAAAACUUUCCUUUGGACAACAUUAACUUACAAACUAAGGUCUGAGAAAAAAAUUAUCUUGAAUGUUGCUUCCAGCGGUAUAGCAUCUCUUCUACUUCAUGGUGGUCGAACUGCACAUUCCCUUUUUUGCAUACCACUUAAUGCAGAUGAAGAUUCAUGUUGUGGGAUAGUGCAAGGGAGUCCUAAGGCUGAAUUACUUAAAUUAAGCAGUCUCAUUAUUUGGGAUGAAGCACCCAUGGUAAGUCGAUAUGCUUUUGAGGCAUUGGAUAGAACCUUAAGAGAUAUAAUGAGGAUCUGUAAUCCUGAGUGUUUUAAUAAACCAUUUGGUGGGAAAGUUGUUGUUCUAGGUGGUGAUUUUCGACAAAUUUUACCUGUCAUCCCUAAGGGAAGUAGAGCUGAGAUUGUUAUGGCUACCAUUAACUCAUCUCGACUGUGGAGAUUUUGUAAGGUCCUCACUUUGACUGAAAACAUGCGUCUAUUUUCUAACUCAGAAACUUCAGAUGUAGAGAAAAUUAAGGUCUUUGCAGAGUGGGUUCUAGAUAUUGGUGAUGGAGUUCUUGGAGAUUAUAAUGAUGGUGAUGCUGAUAUCAAAGUGCCAAAGGAUACCUUGGUUCAACAAUCUUCUAAUCCUGUAGCUGAUAUUGUUCGUGCUAUUUACCCUGAAAUUAUGGAGAAUGUUGGUUGUGCCAAGUAUUAUGAAGACAAGGCUAUUCUAGCUCCAACAUUGGAUGUUGUUGAUUUGGUCAACCAAUAUGUGUUGUCACUAUUUCCUGGUAAUGAAAGAACUUAUUUAAGCUCGUAUUCAGUAUGGAGUGUUACUGAGGAUGUUGGUAUUGAAGCUGAUUGGAUAACAACUGAAUUUUUGAAUGACAUUAGAUGUUCUGGUAUUCCUGAUCACAAAUUAGUAUUGAAAGAAGGUGCUCCUGUUAUGCUCAUGCGGAAUCUAGAUGUCUCUACAGGUUUGUGCAAUGGAACUAGAAUUGUUGUUACUCAUCUUCGUCCAAAUGUGGUUGGUGGCAUUGUGAUAUCAGGGACACAUGUUGGUAGACAAGUAUUUAUUGGUAGAAUGGAUUUAAUGCCAACUGAUGGGAGCAUGCCUAUUAAGUUCCAAAGAAGACAAUUUCCCCUCCUACUUUCUUUUGCUAUGACUAUAAACAAAAGCCAAGGGAAAACUCUAUCACAUGUUGGUCUUUACUUACCAAAUCCUGUGUUUUCACAUGGUCAGUUGUAUGUUGCUAUAUCUCGAGUGAAGACAAGAGCUGGGUUGAAAAUUCUAAUUUGCAAUGAGGAUAUUAGUCAACGAGAUGUCACGAAGAACAUUGUCUUCAAGGAAGUUUUCCAAAGGAUUUAUUCUUCUUAAAUUUUUUGACCUACUAUUAUUUUUUUUGAGUUUUAUUUUCUACUUUAAUAUGAUUACAUUCUGUAUGAUUUCAUUGAUAGUUUUUCCAGUAUUUUUUUUUAUUUUUUCUUUAUGUUGGCUAAUAUAUUUAUUUUCUUGUCUCUUGUGUGAUAACUCAUGUAUUAAGAAUUGGAAGACAUAUUAGUUUUGAAAUAGAAGUUUAGUGGUAAACCCUAUAUUUAUUUGAUGUUUCCUAUAUUUUCAAAGUUAGAAAUAUCGUAAAAUCUGAUUGAGUUCUUAAUACCAUUUUUUUUUCAAGUAUGAAGCGUUAAUAUACAAGAUAGUCAUCCUAAUCUUGAAACUUUAACGACAACCUUUAUGAGAUAUCAUAUCAAUUUUAUUAUUUUUUUUAUGGUUAAAUUAAGUUUGUAAAUAUAGUAGCAAGAUAUAUUGUAUACUUUAUUUUGUGUUUGGAUUCACGAGUUUAUUAAAAAAAACAUUUUUAUCAAACUUAAUAGAUCUUCAUUCUA